GUUUCUGUGUUGCCGAGCCGUACAAUGUCAGAGCAUGGAAGCGUUUCUUUGUUGACCUGAAGCUGCCAUAUUCAGUGGCGAAGAAUGAACAGGUCGAGAUUAAAGCCGUCAUCCACAACUACGGCUACGACGAACUGCAUGUGAGGGUGGUGUUGAUGAAGACGGAGGGCAUGUGCAGCAUAGCCUUUAAAGACAGACACACACAGGAAGUGACGCUGUCGGCCGGCUCUUCUGUUGUGGUGCCUUACACCAUCGUACCACUGGUGGUGGGGAAACUUCCUCUGGAGGUGAUGGUGGUCGGCAGAGACAUGAUGGGAGGAGACCGCAUCCAGAAACAUUUACGGGUGGUGGUGGAUGGAGUUCAGAAGACUGAAGUAUGGAGUGCAGUGUUGAACCCAGCUGCUGAAGGAGGAGUGCAGACGGUUCGUGUGGGCCAGAUCGAACUAGAGUCAGUUGUGCCGAACUCAGUGCCAGAGACAUUCAUCAAUGUCAGAGGUAAUGUGUUGGCAGACAGCAUUGAUAACUCCAUCAGUGAGGACUCUUUGGCCUCUCUGAUCCAGAUGCCUGGCGGCUGCGUGGAGCAGAACCUGGCCAGCAUUACUCUGCCGCUCAUCGCCACCCUCUACCUGGACCGAACCAGCAGCUGGGACAGUGUAGGGGUGGAGCGCAAGGCUGAGGCUCUCCGGUACAUCAGGAGAGGCUAUGAGAACCAGCUAGCCUACAGAAAGAGUGAUGGCUCGUACCCCCCCUACAGCAGAGAAGGCGCAAGUACAUGGAUCACAGCAUACGUGGUGAAAGUUUUCUCCAUGGCUAACUCCAUCGUUGGCGUCAACGAGCAGCAAGUGUGUGACCCUCUGCUCUACCUGGCGAAGAACAAACAGCGUUUUAGGGGGAACUUCGUAGAGGACAACCCAGUUUACAGCACUACCAUGACUGGUGGUCUCCGUGGCGAUGACCCUGAGACAACCCUGACGGCCUUCGUCCUCAUAGCGCUCGCUGAAGCCAAGCAGGCAGGAAUCAGCUGCAACGAUUUAAACACGAACUUAGAGUUAGUUAUCAGUAAUACAGCUGGAUACCUGAGUAGAGCGCUGGUGAAGACGGGGAGGAGACCGUACACUGUGGCUAUCGCCUCCUAUGCGCUGGCUCUGCUGGGGAAUACUGGACUCUACAACCUGAAACAAAUUUUACUGAGUGCUGCAGCUCGAGGUGGAAGCCACUGGCCUGACAGUCAGAACAGCUUGUUCACCUUGGAGGCGACCGGCUACGCCCUGCUGGCUCUUGUCAAGUUGGGACACCUGGAGGAAGCUGCACAGCCAUUUAAAUGGCUGAACAGCCAGAGGAGGAGAGGAGGCGGCUUCGGCUCCACUCAGUCCACCAUGGUGGUGCUCCAGGCGCUGUCAGAGUACCUGAUUAACAAACCUCCUCCUGUUGACCUCAGUCUGGAUGUGGAUGUAAGGAUAAAAGGACGCAAGGAAAUCCGCUACCAUUUCAACCCCAAGACUGCCUACGCUGCUCGUUCCUCCAAAUUGCCUGCUAAUCUUGAUUUGGAAGUGGAGGCUCGAGGAAAUGGACAGGGCAUACUGGAGGUUGUGACCUAUUACAACCAGCUACAUGAUGUUGAUGAGAAAAUGCCCUGCAAGCACUUUGAGCUCAACGUCACUAUUGAAGAAUCCAGCGAAAAAACUCCAGCAGAUGUAGAAAAAUCCUAUCAGAUGACCAUCAAAGUGAGGGCUUUAGGACCCAGAGAUGUCAGGAUGGUGGUUCUGGAUAUAAGUCUGCCCACUGGCUUCACCCCAGAAAACUCAGACCUAGAGAUGUUGUCAAACUCUGUGGACCGUUACAUCAAUAACUUCCAGAUUGUUGAUAACCUGAGUGACAGAGGCUCCCUGAUCAUCCAUCUGUUCAAGGUGUCUCACAAAGAGCCAGAGAUCCUGGUGUUCAGGCUUCAGCAGAACUUUAAGGUCGGCCUCCUCCAGCCAUCCACCGUUACUGUCUAUGAGUAUUACAGCCCAGAUCACCGCUGCAGUCGUACCUACACUCCCAGGGAGGACACAGAGCAGCUCACACGGAUCUGUAGGGACAACGUCUGCCGCUGCACGCAGGGAGACUGCUGUGUCUCCAAAACCGACGGUGAAAACUUCCCCAACAAAGAAAGAGAGACGUUUGCCUGCAAGUCUUUACACCACGUUUUCCAGGUGAAGGUGCUGAGUGUCAGCCAGAGUUACUACGACAAAUAUGAGAUGGAGAUCACACAAGUUAUCAAGCUGGGUGUGGAGGAUGGUAUUGAAGUGGGCCAGAAGAGGAUUUUCAUGUCUCAUGGAGGCUGCAGAGAUGAACUCAACCUGAAGCAGGGCUCCCAGUACCUCAUCAUCGGCCCCAAAGACGACCAGUGGAACACUGACACCGACACAAACAGAUUCAUCUACAUGUUAGGAAAGGACACCUGGGUGGAACGCUGGCCUUUGUCUGCAGAGUGCUCCAGCAAUCCCAGCCUGCAAGCGAAAUGCAAGAGCCUCCAAGAUACUGCAGAUGAACUAUCUGUCAACGCCUGCAGGCUAUAGAGGUGUCUGAGCAGCAACUGUGCACCAGUCUCCUCUGCCCAAA